GAGAAGGGUUCGGGCCCGGGCCAAGUUCGGCGAACGACGCGAUUUUGGCGUCGGCGCGCGCGUCGUCUGCGGCCACGGUCCCCGCCCCAUCAUCGAAGGCUCAUCGGCAGUGCUGCAGCGCGUGCGGAGGAUAUUGCCACGGUGUGAGCAGCAAGCCGCGUCCACAAAACGCAUCGUGAGUUGAGCUGUCUUUCCUUAUCAUCUGUACUGGUCGUCAAUGCGGUAGCCGUGUGCGAAGAAUUGCGCGGGCGCACGAGGCGAAGCCUAAACUACACGUGCAGCGCUAGUAGACAGGCAUGGCGCGCAGCUUGGUUCCCUCGACAUGGUUCCCCGGCCGCGACUGGUGGUCGGACUCGUGGGAUGUGCCCAGCAGCCGGCUGUUCGACCAGCACUUCGGUGCCCAGCUGCUGGACGACGACCUGCGGGCGCUGAGGCCCGCGCGGAUCGGCAUGCGGGCGCCAUUCCGGAGACAGCUGUCCAGGGGCGCAGGAGGCGGUGGAGUGUCCGAACUGCGAAACGAGCCGGACUCCUUCCAGGUGAUGCUUGACGUGAGCCACUUCUCGCCGGAGGAGAUCACGGUGAAGACGGUGGACCGGUGCAUCAGCGUGUCGGCGCGUCACGAGGAGCGCAUGGACGAGCACGGGUUCGUGUCUCGCGAGUUCACCCGGCGCUACGUGCUGCCCGAGGACACCCUGCCCGAGCAGGUGUCCUCCACGCUGUCGCCCGACGGCGUGCUCACCAUCACGGCGCCAAAGAAGCCGCCCGCCUCGGCGCCCAACGAGCGCAUCGUGCCCAUCGCCGUGCAGGGCGCCGCCGCGCUGCCCUUGCCCGUGCCCGUUCAGCACGAGCCCUGAUGGCGGCGCCCAAUAAAGGCCUCUGGCACCACGCACGCCUCGAAUGUAUCCACUUCAUUCAGGAGGCGAUUGCUUGUCGGCCUGAUUCAAGACUCAAGUCAGUGAGCUGGGGAGGAAGAGGAGGAUGACGAUAAAAAGUUUAUUGACAAAAAGAAAAUAACGCGAAGAUCCCUA